CUUGUUAGUCCGCACGAUCCGAUGUCAAAACACUUUGAUCAAAACCCAAGUCAAACACGGGCUACCUUUUCCUAACUUCUUCCUCCUUCAUAAAUACAAUCAAUCUUCCCUUACUUUUCUUUCUAUUUCUUUCUUCCUAACUUUACUCUAAAUCUGCUGUUUUCUUUCACCCUCUUUCUCUCUCUAAAAUCUCUCUCUGAAACAACAAUGGAGGAUUCAAACCACCUCUACGAGUUUGACGAUGUCAGUGCUGCCGCCACGGCCGUGCCGAAUCAUGGAUGGCAGAAGGUUACCUACGCUAAGCGCAGGAAGAAUCAGCAGCAGAAUAAGCAGAAACCUGCUGCCGCUUCCGGAAUUACUGUCGCUGAUUCUGGUGUUGAUAAGGAUGGGAAUGUUUUUCGAGCGAUCGAGCAGCAGUCGGAGGAUCGGCAUCGUCGAAUUGUGGAGGCGCAGAAAAAAUCUGCUCUUUUCGAUGAUGACGAUGAUGUUCGUCGGAAUGGUAGAUCGAAGAAGCGCGAUGAUUUCGAUGAUAGUGAAUCGGAGGAGAGAGAGAAUGUGAGUGUUGUUGAGAAGAAGGAUGAUAAUAAGGAGAAGAAAAAGAAGAAGAAGGUUGAGAAAAAACCUAAGGUUUCGGUUUCCGAAGCCGCUGCGAAGAUGGAUGCCGAUAAUUUAUCUGCAUUUCUUAUCCAUUUGUCGGGUUCUUAUGAAAAUCAGGAGGACAUACAAUUGAUGCGAUUCGCAGAUUAUUUCGCACAGGCUUUUUCAGGGGUGUGUUCUGCCCAAUUUCCGUGGGUUAAGACAUUCAGGGAAUCUCCAGUUGCUAAACUUUCUGAGAUCCCUGUCUCCCAUAUCCCAGAUGCUGUUUAUAAGACAUCAAUUGACUGGAUCAGCCAACGUUCAGUACCCGCUCUUAGUUCCUUUGCAAUUUUGUUAUUAGAUAGUAUUCUCGCAGAUUUGAACGUUCAAGCUCCUAGUGUUAAGAAUGCUAAAAAGGCAACUCAGCAGCCAACAUCCAAAUCUCAGGUUGCUUUAUUUGCGGUUUUGGCAAUGGUUUUAAGGCGUAAACCAGAUGUUCUCGUGAGUUUGUUGCCUACAUUAAGAGAGAACCCCAAGUAUCAUGGACAAGAGAAGCUUUCAGUUAUCAUAUGGAUGAUAUCUCAGGCCUGUCAAGGAGAUUUGGCAGUUGGCUUGUUUGCAUGGGCUCAUAACCUCUUGCCAUUGCUCAACAGCAAAUCCACUAGCAAUCCACUUUGUAGGGAUCUGAUUUUGCAGUUAGUUGAAAGAAUUUUGGCUGCCCCAAAGGCCCGUUCUAUCUUGGUUAACGGAGCUGUUAGGAAAGGAGAACGUCUGAUCCCUCCAACUGAGUUUGAGAUCCUUAUGCGGGCCACUUUCCCUGUAUCAUCUGCCAGAGUAAAGGCAACUGAAAGAUUUGAGGCUGUUUAUCCUGUCCUGAAGGAAGUUGCUCUUGCUGGUGCGCCUGGAAGCAAAGCUAUGAAACAAGUUUCUCAGCAGAUAUUUGGAUUUGCAAUUUUAGCAGCCGGAGAAGGCAAACCUGAGCUGGCUAAAGAAGCCACUGACAUCUUAGUUUGGUCCUUGUCUCAUAACAGUGAUAUCUACAAGCAAUGGGACAAAGUAUACCUGGAUAAUGUGGAGGCAAGUGUUGCCGUUCUGAAAAAGCUUUCUGAGGAAAGAAGGGAACAGCAUCUGAACCAGUCAUCUCUUGAAACUGUAAAGCAGACUCUGAAGAGUUUCCAGCAGAAGAAUGAAAAAGCAUUGGCCGGUGACCAUUCGGGACAAGCAGCUCUCUUCAAGGAUGCUAACAAGUACUGUAAAGUGUUAUUGGGGAGAUUAUCGCGAAGUCAUGGCUGUGUGAAAGCCUUGGUAUUUGUUGCAGUUGCAACAGCUGUGGGUGCUGCUGUUAUGUCUUCAAAUGUGGAGUCCUUUGAUUGGAAGAGGGUGUCUGUGAUGCUCAGCUCCUUCCAAUCUUUCUGAAAUAAGAACGCUUAGUGGCUGUGCACUGUCAGUUCUACUGUUCAUUUGGUUUGUAAUAUGAUUGAGAGGAAGCAACACCAGCAAGUUUACAUCCAACAAUAACCAUCUAAAUAGAUCAUCGGAUACAAGGAGUUAGAAUGAGAGGAUGCCAUAAGGCUUUCGGCUGUAUUUGAUAGUUUCAAUUCGGUCCUCGACAUUUUUGACCGAUUGGAUUUUCUGUUUAUUUAUUUUAGUUUUUAUUUUUUUUCAGCUUCCUGUUAACUUUUAGAAUAUUUGACAUACAUGCUUGUAUUUGUAGACUCGUAUGCUUUUAUUUACAGGUUUUAAUAUUAUGAAAUUAUUAAAUUACCAA